AUGGAAUUUUCCACUGUUGAGUGCUCGGUUUUUAACUUCACAAAUAUUAUUCCGAGAUUAGCAAAGGAAGGAGAUGACGGCAAUUGUGGAUCUACCGCCGUUUGUGACACCAUGUGUUUGCAGGCUCUUUCGAAGAGAAUUCAUUACGGAAAAUUUGUAUCAGAAUGUAAAUUCCGGACAUCUCCCGAUGCUUAUCAAGCUGCCAUUAGAGAACAGGACAGGGAUUUGCUGAUGAAGUUGCUGACAUUUCCCUCGGUCGAAGAAUCGAUCAAGAAAAGAGUAGAAACGAAAACCAGAACAUACGGACAAGUAAUGCAGGGUGAUGAUAUAUGCAAAAACGACAGUGAUCCGGUAUACAAAAUAAACCCAAGCUUGGUAGCCGACUUAUACGGCGACUGGAUCAUGCCUGUCGACGAAGGAAGUCCAAGUCGAGUACCUGUUGAGAAGGUUAGACUGAUCGGAAUGAAUUUAAACAGCUCUAUUCAGCUGUUAUGA